AUGUCUCGUGCUCUCCUGGAGAAGAGCAUCAACGAGUCUGGGAGGGCCUCUUUCCAUGUGUCUAUCCCAACAGUUGCAAUGUGGGAAAAGGACAGCAAAUGCCAGAACGUUAUUGGGGAUGCCUUGGAUUGGUGUCAAGCCGUAGCAUCUCACAAUGUCUCUGGCCCGUGUUUGUUCUCUGACAUUUUGGAUUUGUUGCCGCAUGGGACACUCGACCCAUUGUGGCCAUACUCCAAGAAGCUUGAGGCAGUGAAAGAGAGUGGCAUUGCCACCCAAGCUCAUUGCAUUCGGCAUGGCCAGGUGUGCAGUGUCAACAAAAUGGCAGUAUUCGACGUGUCCGGACUACCCUGUCCUGACAUGUCGGUUUGUGGUCUGCGUAAAAAACGUGCAGGGCCCACAGCUGGAGUCUACUUAGCCCAUGGGAAGUAUGUGAGCCGCAACCGGAUCCCACUUUUGCUGAUUGAAUGCACUGAAGACCUGGAUAUGGGGAUGGUCUCAGACACCCAUCCAGACUAUCAUUUUCAUCAACUGUUUAGUGAGCCUUCCGACUUCCUCUACAAUGGCUGUGCUAGGUGGCGAACAUGGGUUAUCGGCACCCACAAUGAGCUCACAACCUGUUUGAUUGACCCUUUUGCACUCCUUGAAAAAGUCAAAGCCGUGCUCAAUGAAUCACAGGAGCCCAGCAUCAUCAAAGACUACCUGGUGGCGUCACAGCCAGAGAUUUUGAUGGAAGCCCAGGACUUGGCCCAAAAAAGGGGGAUUCCCUUCCGGCCUGGACGCCUUGAUUUAGAAUAUCUUUUGCUGACCAGGGAGUAUCAGGCCAUGUGUCAACUCAACUGCCGAUUUAGGGAGCAGUAUGGAAAAUCCCCGAGUGAGGAGGAGGGGCUGGUUUACUAUUUGGGGGACAACCCCUCGUUCUCAGCUUCGUGGAGCGCACGGAGUCAGAAAAUACCCACAUUUAGGGUAGGGGCCAAAUCAGCUCUGUACUGGCUACCCAAGCAGAAGCGAUGGCUUACUUGCAAAGAGAAGCUAGUGUCAAUGGGCUGGCCCUGCUUACCAGAGAUAGGGAGAAGCCUUGGUACACCCUUGUUUGGAGCCACAGACCCAAAGAGGGCCAGUGAUUUGCUGGGAAAUGGAAUGCAUUUCCAAUCUUCAGGAAUUUUUCAGUUGAUCGCCCUCAGCUGUUUUGGUCCCUUCAAAUGA